AUGCCUCAGCCUAUCCCCAAAGCCAACAGUCUUCUUGACCUCUUCAGCUUGAAGGGCAAGGUCGUCGUGGUGACCGGUGCUUCCGGCCCGCGGGGCAUGGGAAUUGAAGCCGCGCGAGGCUGCGCCGAGAUGGGCGCUGAUCUUGCCAUUACCUACUCGUCGCGCAAAGAGGGCGCCGAGAAGAACGCGGCUGAGCUGUCCAAGGCAUACGGCAUCAAGGUCAAGGUGUACCAGGUCAACCAGAGCGACUACAAGGACGUCGAGAAGUUUGUGAACCAGGUCGUUUCUGAUUUCGGCAAGAUUGAUGCCUUCAUUGCCAAUGCCGGUGCCACAGCCAACAGCGGUGUUGUCGACGGCAGCGCCAGCGACUGGGACCAUGUCAUCCAGGUCGAUCUGAGCGGCACAGCGUACUGCGCAAAGGCCGUUGGCGCGCACUUCAAGAAGCAGGGUCACGGCUCCCUUGUCAUCACCGCCUCAAUGUCUGGCCACGUCGCGAACUACCCUCAAGAACAAACCUCAUACAACGUUGCCAAGGCGGGCUGCAUCCAUUUGGCACGCUCGCUGGCCAACGAAUGGCGCGACUUUGCUCGUGUCAACAGCAUCUCGCCGGGCUACAUCGACACAGGCCUGUCCGACUUUAUCGAUGAGAAGACACAAGAGCUAUGGAGAAGCAUGAUCCCCAUGGGACGCAACGGCGAUGCCAAGGAGCUCAAGGGCGCAUAUGUCUAUCUCGUCAGUGAUGCUAGCUCGUAUACGACGGGAGCUGAUAUUGUGAUUGAUGGAGGUUAUACCACUCGAUGA